AUGGAGCCGGUAGAGACCUGGACCCCCGGGAAGGUGGCAGCUUGGCUGAGAGGCCUCGAUGAAUCCCUGCAGGACUAUCCCUUUGAGGACUGGCAGCUGCCUGGCAAGUACCUGCUCCAGCUCUGCCCCCGCAGCCUCGAGGCUCUAACUGUGUGGCCUCUGGGCCACCAGGAGCUCAUCCUGGAAGGCGUGGAACAGCUCCGGGCCCUGAGCUCCAGACUACAGACAGAGAACCUGCAAAGCCUGACAGAGGCGUUGCUGGAGGGGACCCAUGCCUUCCAGAGCUUAGUCCAGGGCCGCCUGGGGGACUGUGCCGAGACCCCUGCCGAUGUCCUCAGUGCGGCUGUGGAGCUGGUGCGUGAGGCCCAUGCCCUCCUCUUCUGGCUUAACAGGUACCUCUUCUCCCACUUAAAUGAUUUCUCAGCCUGCCAGGAGAUCGGGGAGUUGUGUGGCGAGCUGGGCCAGGCCUUGCAGGAGGACUGCCCAGCAGCUGCGAAGGAGAGCACAGUCCUGAGGAUCUGCAGCGAGGUGGCCACGAUCUGCCACAACAUCCUGAGCUACAGCCCGGAGGAGCUGCUGGAGCAGAGGGCUGUGCUUGAGCGGGUGCAGCUGGACGAUCCUUUGGGCCUGGAAAUCCACACCACCAGCAACUGCCAGCACUUCGUGUCCCGAGUGGGCACCCAGGUCACCACCGAGUCCCGACUGCAGAUCUUGCCUGGAGACGAGGUUGUCCAGAUCAACGAGCAGGUGGUGGUGGCCUGGCCCCAUAAGAAUGUGGUGAGGGAGCUGCUACGGGAGCCAGCCGGGGUCAGCUUAGUCCUGAAGAAGAUCCCUGUGCCAGAGACCCCCCCACAGACACCCCAACAGGCCCUGGACAGCCCACACCCGAGGAGCCAGUCGCCGUCCCUGGCCUCCUUGUCUCCCAGGGCCUCAUCUGAAGACCUCUUUGCCUUCGAUUUGACUUCAAACCCAAUUCCUGGGCCCAGCCCUGCCUGGAGAGACUCUACCUCCCUUGAUCCUGAGCCCCUGCCCACCCUCCCUACACUCCCAGCCACACCCCCAGCAGGGGUAGCAGAGACUCCUGAGGCUCCAGGGCCCCCACGAUGCCCUGACAAGAGUCCUGCUCUUGGUCGGAAGAAAUCAAAAGGCGUGGCGACACGGCUGAGCCGCCGGCGGGUGUCAUGCCGGCAGCUGGGCCGGCCGGACUGUGACGGCUGGCUCCUGCUGCGCAAGGCACCUGGUGGCUUCAUGGGCCCGCGCUGGCGCCGCUGCUGGUUUGUGCUCAAAGGACACACGCUCUACUGGUACCGCCAGCCCCAGGAUGAGAAGGCCGAGGGCCUCAUCAAUGUCUCCAGCUAUAGUCUGGAAAGUGGACAUGAUCAGAAGAAAAAAUAUGUGUUCCAGCUCACCCAUGACAUGUACAAACCCUUCAUCUUUGCUGCCGAUACCCUGACGGAUCUGAGCAUGUGGGUGCGCCACCUCAUUACCUGCAUUUCCAAGUACCAGUCUCCAGGCCGGGCUCCCCCACCCCGAGAGGAAGACUGCUACAGUGAGACGGAAGCAGAAGACCCUGACGAUGAGGCUGGGUCCCGCUCAGCCUCGCCCAGCUCGGCUCAAGCUUGGAGUCCACUCCAUGGAGACACCUCCCCUGCAGCCACCCCCACACAGCGCAGCCCACGGACCUCCUUUGGCUCCCCAGCAGACAGCGGCGAAGGGGCACUGGAAGGAAUGGUACGGGGGCUGAGGCAGGGUGGCGUGUCGCUUCUGGGCCAGCCACAGCCCCUGACCCACGAACAGUGGCGGAGCUCUUUCAUGCGGCGCAACCGAGACCCCCAGCUCAAUGAGCGAGUGCACCGUGUGCGGGCGCUACAGAGCACACUCAAGGCAAAACUGCAGGAGCUGCAGGCUCUGGAGGAAGUGCUAGGGGACCCCGAGCUGACGGGAGAGAAGUUCCGCCGGUGGAAGGAGCAGAACCAAGAGCUGUACUCAGAGGGCCUGGGGGCCUGGGGAGUGGUGCGGGCUGAGGGAAGCUCCUACAUCUCGACCUCUGACUCCAGAGAACAGUCCUCCGACCCCCUGCCCUCUGACCCCGAGGAGCACUCCCAUCUCUGCCCCCUGACCUCUGACCCUGGCCAGCACCCUAGCGCCUGA